AUGUUUUCUCAACUAUUAAUCGUCGCCUUUGGCGUCACAGCUGCCCUUGGCCAAACAUCUUAUGGAGAGCAGUUUAAGUACUGGGGCUGUGCCACUGUUGACGCUGCCGGCUUCAGCAACCCAGUCCCUCUCCCCAACGGGAUCUUGACCCCUGAAGCAUGCCAGGCCGCUUGCACCGGCCACAUGUUUGCUGCGGUUUCUCCUAAUGCUUGCCGUUGCGGAGAUGAUGUCAACGCCAUCAAGUCGGUCGACGAACACUCUUGCAACUACCCGUGUACUCAAGACCCCAACUCUCCCAUGUGUGGUGGAAUCUGCCCCAAGGGUACUCCCAGCAUCUCGAACUUGUUCAUCAUCGAACCGGCAGAGCUGCAAGCUUCCGAACCUGUGCCUCAGCUAGAGAACCCGUUGAACCAGCCUAUAUCUAUCAAUGCUGUCCCUGCAUCCAUGGCUCCACAGGCUUCAUUUGCUUCUGACGCACUCCCCGUGGCUACAUCGUCUCCUCUACCGGGCGUUACCCUUUCUCAGAGUGAUGUUGCUCAGGCUCCCCCACCGUCAACUGAGGCCGUUCAGCAACCCCCUGUGACAUCGGUCACUCCCCCAUCAUCGACAUCCAUUCCAUCUGAUCCUCCUAUCACCUCGCCCAACCAGCCUGAGCAGUCACCUCCCCAAUCGACCAUCAACUUCCCAUCUACUCUCACGCUGCCUUCGAGUGUAUCCCCGCUGGCCCCAGCAGCAAGUUCCCCAGACUCUACGAGGGAGGUGCCUAGACUCCCGCCCAAGUCUCGAACAGAGCCUCCCACAAGUGAGACUUUGGUGACAGAGACGGGCUCUCUCCCCUCCGUGACACCAACCCGGGUGGCUGUGUCAAAGUCGAGCCGCUCUGAGAUGUCGAUGCUGCCCACAAUUGGCGGUCUCCUGUUCAUGGUCAUGAUGGCUAUUUAA